GGCUGGUCCCUUGAGGGGCAGAUGUUGGUCAGAAUGGAGGAGCACACAGAGGCAGGCUUGCCACCAGGGCUGGGGGAGCAGAGCGCCUUAAUCAACAACCCUGCCGACAUCCUGGUCAUCGCUGCUUAUUUCCUACUGGUCCUUGGUGUUGGCUUGUGGUCCAUGUGCAGAACCAACAGAGGCACCGUGGGUGGCUACUUCCUGGCAGGACGAAGCAUGGUGUGGUGGCCGGUCGGGGCCUCUCUCUUUGCCAGCAACAUCGGCAGUGGCCACUUUGUGGGCCUUGCAGGAACCGGUGCUGCAAGCGGCUUGGCUGUGGCUGGAUUUGAGUGGAACGCGCUGUUUGUGGUGAUGCUACUCGGCUGGCUCUUUGCGCCGGUGUAUCUGACCGCAGGCGUCAUUACAAUGCCACAGUACCUACGCAAGCGCUUCGGCGGCCACCGUAUUCGCCUCUACCUAUCCGUGCUAUCGCUUUUUCUGUACAUCUUCACCAAGAUUUCGGUGGACAUGUUCUCCGGGGCAGUAUUCAUUCAACAGGCUCUGGGCUGGAACAUCUAUGCCUCCGUCAUUGCACUCCUGGGCAUCACCAUGGUCUACACUGUGACAGGAGGGUUGGCAGCACUGAUGUACACGGACACCGUGCAGACCUUCGUCAUUCUUGGGGGGGCCUUCAUCCUCAUGGGUUACGCUUUCCACGAGGUGGGCGGGUAUUCAGGGCUUUUCGACAAAUACUUGGGGGCAAUUACAUCGCUGACGGUGUCCGAGGAUCCCGCUGUGGGCAACAUCUCCAGCUCCUGCUACCAGCCUCGGCCCGACUCCUACCAUCUGCUCCGGGACCCUGUCACGGGGGACCUACCAUGGCCGGCUCUGCUCCUGGGACUUACCAUCGUCUCUGGCUGGUACUGGUGCAGUGACCAGGUCAUCGUGCAGCGCUGCCUGGCGGGGAAGAACCUGACCCACAUCAAGGCGGGCUGCAUCCUGUGCGGCUACUUGAAGCUAAUGCCUAUGUUCCUCAUGGUCAUGCCGGGCAUGAUCAGCCGCAUCCUCUUCCCAGACGAAGUGGCGUGUGUGGUGCCCGAGGUGUGUAAGCGCGUGUGCGGCACUGAGGUGGGCUGCUCCAACAUCGCCUACCCGCGGCUCGUCGUGAAGCUCAUGCCCAAUGGUCUGCGUGGACUCAUGUUGGCGGUCAUGCUGGCUGCACUUAUGUCCUCACUGGCCUCAAUCUUUAACAGCAGCAGCACACUUUUCACCAUGGACAUCUACACGCGCCUGCGGCCUCGUGCAGGGGACCGCGAGUUGCUGUUAGUAGGACGGCUCUGGGUGGUGUUCAUCGUGGCAGUGUCGGUGGCCUGGCUACCUGUGGUGCAGGCAGCACAGGGCGGACAGCUCUUCGACUAUAUGCAGGCAGUCUCCAGCUACCUGGCACCACCUGUGUCUGCGGUCUUCGUGCUGGCGCUCUUCGUGCCCCGCGUCAAUGAGAAAGGUGCCUUCUGGGGGCUGAUUGGGGGCCUGCUGAUGGGCCUGGCGCGCCUUAUUCCGGAGUUUUCCUUUGGCUCUGGCAGCUGCGUUCAACCCUCCGUGUGCCCAGCACUCCUCUGUGGGGUGCAUUACCUCUACUUUGCCAUCGUGCUCUUUGUCUGCUCUGGCCUCCUCACUCUUGUAGUCUCACUGUGCACAGCACCCAUCCCACGCAAGCAUCUCCACCGCCUGGUUUUCAGUCUCCGGCACAGCAAGGAGGAGCGGGAGGACCUGGAUGCUGAUGAGGUGGAAGGUUCAGCCUCAACCCCAGUACAGAACGGGCAUCCCGAGCAUGCAAUAGAGAUGGAGGGUAAGUCUCCAGGAGGUGGGACUACGGAGGUGGGGGAACCAAGUUCCCUCAAACUCACUGUAGGGCUUCAAUUUUUCCCAGAGUCCCAAUCCCCAGCACCAGGCCUGUUUCGCCAGUGCCUGCUCUGGUUCUGUGGAAUGCGCAAGGGCGGGGCAGGUAGUUCCCCACCCCCCACCCAGGAGGAGAUGGCUACAGCAACCAGGCAGCUGGAGGACAUCAGUGAGGACCCAAAAUGGGCCCGUGUGGUCAACUUCAAUGCCCUGCUCAUGAUGGCCGUGGCCACUUUCCUCUGGGGCUUUUAUGCCUGAGGCCAACUAUGUUGGGACACCAUGAGACACUCAGGGCAGGAGGGAAGGAGGAAGGCCACAGUUCCCUUUCUAAUUUGUCUGCCUGGAGCCCAAUCCAGGCUAAGACUGGCAGUUAUGUACUGAGGCCUUGGCCAAACAGCCACAGCCGUUCUCCACGCAAAAAUAAAGCUACCCUUUUCCCACGC